ACGCAUUGCAUUUUUCUGGCAAUCUAUCUCUGUGGCUGAAAUAAUGUGGGAUUUGUAAUAAAUAAAUGCAAAUACCUAUUCCAAUACACUAUUUCUACCCCUAAGACGUUUUCUUCGGAUCGGUAAGUCAAUCCAUAUCAGCAGACAAAAUGGUAAAGGAAUUAAACGGCUCAAUGGACGAAAGGAAGAAAGGAUUGAAAUCAGCCUUGAAAAAGUUUCGUGAACACACGAAAAAUCCGGAAGUCUUCCUAACAGCCCAGACGGUGCGAGCAGAAAAGAUCAAGGCACUUGUAAAAUUGCUGUACGAUCAUGGACAGGAGCUGGAUUUGGAAGCGGUCGUGGAGCAGAAGCCCUAUCUUGACGAGUUGAUCGUGGAAGAAAUGGACGAGGAGCAGAUUUGGCAGCAGCUGGAGUUGAAAAAUGAACAACUUCUAGGGAAUGAUCUUAUCAAAACGUCUAAGCUGCUUUCGGCAAGUGAGAAACGACUGCAGCUUGCCUUCAGUGCUGGUGGUGAUGACGGUGAAGAAUUAGAGGAAGAUCAAUCGGAAGAUGAUGAGAUGGGAAGCGAGAAUGGACUCGAGGAAAAAGAAGAAGAGGUUCCGCAACGAAAGAAAAAGGACAAAGUUAAGGGCAAAACAAAGAAUAAGAGCAGGAAAUCAAUUGUAGAUGAUGAAUUCUUCAAGCUGGAAGACAUGGCCAGAUUUCUGGAUGAAGAGGAUGCACGGGAAGAGAGGCGACAGGACGGUAAGCCCGAAAAGAAUCCUUUGAUCGAGAUCGAUUACUUCAGUGCGGACGUCGGAAAAGAUGAAGACAGCGAGGCCGAGGAUAUGAAAUAUUCUGAUUUCUUCGAUGAUGAUGGUGAUGAGAAAGACAAGGACGAUGAUGAAAGUGAGGGCGGUUCUGAUGAAGGAGAAGACGGUGGCAUAAAUGAUGAAGAACAGGGCGAAAUAAUGGACAGCGAAGAGGGUGGUUCGGAAGCCGUCGCUAAUGAAGAGGACUCUGAGGAUGAAAUGGAGCGCAAUAGACGAUUAAGAUUCGAAUUGUAUAAUAGCUCCGGCGACUUUAUACCGGGAAGUGCUAUCAAAAAGACUGACCUUCCGCUACCAGAACCAGUAGAAGACGAAAGCGAAGAAGAACAAAUGGAAAAGGAAGAAAAAGAAGAGGGUCCCAAAUCGUCCUUUGAACUGAGGCAAGAAAAACUACAUCAGAAGAUCCAAAAAAUGGAAGGUCAGCUGUUGCAAGAUAAGCCUUGGCAACUGAAGGGAGAAAUUUCUGCCGACACUCGGCCGCAGAACUCGCUACUGGAGGAAGUGCUGGAAUUUGAAUCCACUACCCGUCCAGCGCCGGUAGUGACUGAAGAAACCACGAUGCGUCUCGAGGAUAUCAUCAAGCAGCGAAUCAAAAACAAGGCCUUCGACGACGUAGAGCGAAAGGUACGUCCGCCGGACAAUCCCCGGGAAUACCGCAAACAGUUGGUAGUUGAUUCGGAGAAAAGUAAAGAAUCGCUGGCUCAAAUCUACGAGAAGGACUAUCUGAAGCAGCUGAAGGAUGCCAAUCCGGACGCUCAGGAAACGGAAGAGGAAGAACCUAAAGAGCACAAGGAAAUACGGAUUAUGAUGAAAACAUUGCUCGCCCAGCUGGAUGCCCUUUCGAACUUCCACUACACUCCACGCCCAGCUGUCCCAGACCUGAAGAUCAUCACCAAUACUCCGGCCAUCAAUAUGGAAGAAGUCGCACCGGUGGCCACGAGCAAUGCCACAUUGCUGGCCCCAGAAGAGGUACACAACCGACCGAAGGGUGCCGUUAUGAGCAAAGGCGAACGUUCUAAAACGGAUAAGAACCGCGAACGCCGGUUGAAGAAACGCUUCCAGAAGGACAAAUUCCAACGGCAAGCAGAAAAGGAACAGAAAUUGCUAGCGAAGGGAGUCGUACCGAAGGGCAAGGACUUGCAGGAGAAGCUUUUGAAGAAGGUAUCGCAGGCGAAGAACGUCAGCACCAUGAUCGAAACCAAGGGAGUGGCCAAGUCGUCGACUGCAUUCUUCUCGCAGCUGCAGGACGAAGUCAGUUCCCAGAUCAAGAGCAAAACGGAUCCCGGUCGGAAGAAGGGCAAGAAAAACGGUGCCAGUGCGGGGAUGCAAGCCACGCACAUCAAGCUGUAAUUUGCCUGUAGUACUUUAUAAGACGAUGGUUAUAAUAUUUGAAUUGUGUCAGUGUGUAUUACGAUGACUUCCGUGUGUCUUGGAAAGGCGGGUUUUCUGGUAUUU